AUGGAGAAAUUGAGCAUUACAGAUAGCGGGGAUGUUUACAUUGGUAGCUCACAUUGGGCCACUAUCUUAGAGGAUAUUCAAAAUCUGAAAGACGAGUUUGCUGAAGAUCCCUCAGAUGACGCUACAACUCGACAGUCCACUCCAUAUGAGACCGCAUCCAUCCAUGGCUCCUUGUCAGCGAGACUAUCGCUACUUAACAGCGGUAUAUCACUUUCGCGUGAUCAAAUAAUGACAAUGAUUCCCGUCCGAAAAGUGGUGGAUAGACACAUCUCACGAUUUUUCAACACCUUUGACCUUGCACCCGUUAUUCUCCAUCGUAGAAAGUUUCUUGCCGAGUACGCAAAUUUCUGGGCGAACCCUUCCUCGGUGCCCACCAUGUGGAUCGGUCUUUUGUUCAGUAUAAUGAGCAUGUCUGCAUUUCUCCAGCAACAAAACUCCGAAGCAUUUGGUUUACCCAUCGAUGAAACUCAAGCAAUGCUAGAGUCUUAUCGAACUCUCACCAUUCAUUGCCUAGUCAGUGUAAACUAUCUCCAGCCAAGCAGACAUACUAUAGAAACGCUCAUCCUACAUUUUGCCGUCGACCAAAAUGUAAAUAUCGACGCAGAUAUCGGAAAUUGGCUUUUGAUCGGAGUGGUGGUUCGAAUCGCACUGCGAAUGGGACUACACCGCGAUCCAUCUCAUUGGCCACAUAUCCGGCCUUUGCAAGGUGAGUUGCGACGACGAAUUUGGAUUGCACUUUACCAGAUGGACUUCUUCACAAGUACUCAGGUCGGACUUCCUCGGAUAAUCAAAGAUUCGCAGUGUGAUACACGUCCGCCUGCACAUUUAUUCGACGAUGAUAUCAGCUUUGAGCAUGAUGAGACUCCUCCCGAGAGACCACUGGCAGAUCCCACACCACUGUCGUUUAUCAUUCACAGAAAUAAAAUCAUCAAAGUAGCUGCGGAGAUAUACGAUGUCAUCGAAGCUGCUCCGCCAUCACCUGCUACCAUUUCCGCUUUAAGUGCCAAGCUGCAGAGCGCUCUUGAUGACCUUCCUUCUUGGUUACAGGCCAAGCCUUGCCAGUCAUCCAUUGCAGAUAACCCGGUUACAAUGCUCAACCGAAUUUUCGUCAACAUACUUUUCCAUAAGGCAAUGUAUACUCUUCAUAAACAAAAUUUCUUGAAGAGCAUGGUCGACAAAGAGGGAACCGAGUCCAGUAAUAUAUGUGUCAAUUCCGCCUUGUCUAUCCUGGAACACCAACAUAUACUAAGUGAGGAGAUGGAACCUGGUGGAGUGAUGUUCAAUAUUCGCUGGAAAGUUGCUACAUCUCUCAAUCAUGAAUUUCUGCAAGCUACAAUGAUGCUGUGUCUUGCUUUGACUAGAUUCAAUGUUGAGUCAGCUGAUAACAAUGCUUUGCAAGUGCGUCAAAAGAUCACGGAUGCACUACUGUUCACAAAGAGUCUUUGGGAAAGGAAUAUCGAACGGUCCUCUGAGGCGAGAAGAGCAGUCGAGGCCAUUACCGCUGUUCUAAAAAAAGAUUCAAAGGAAUCAAAUAAAGCAGACUUGUUGGUAUCUAACGAAUUGUUUGGGCAAAUGCCAGGUAUUGGUUCAGUAAGUGCCAUUGGGGGAUUAGAGUACGAGCAGAAUAUUGCGUUGGAUCCUUCUUUGUUUUCACUGGACGAUGGAAAUAUGGCGUUUGAGAAUUUUUUCGAUGAUUUUGUGGUGACUUGA